AUUGAAUUGAGAGACCAUCGCUGUCCUUAUUCGAUUGCUUGCAAGUCUACCUAGAUACGCUGUGCCAGGGACAGCAGGCCAGUGCACAAAAACUUCGCACCUUGGUCGUUAGGUCGUGACUUCACUCCAGUGGCCUACGCAACAUGCGACAUUGAACACAAUACCCAACACAUCGAUCUCGGCGCUUGCUUCACCUUCUACGAAUCCCCGAAGUCGAUUUUCCUUUCCAUCAUAUUAUUCAUCUCCUCCUCCUUCAAGACCGUCGUCCUGCUCUCCAGCUCAUCAGCGCGAGUCUAUAUCUUACGGAACCCAGAAAUCCGUCAGAUAGCAAACAAUCGGCGGCAGCAGCAAUGGCACCACAACAACAACAACCUCUCCCUCCCUUCGUCUCGAAUCUCGCCGACAUCUACGACUCCUACAUCUGCCCCUUACUCCCUGGUCCGCUACAAUCCAUCUCCUCAGGCCUCACACCAAUUUUCUCCUCCGCCAUAGCCGCCGCGACAAGCGGGGACAUCGUCUCGCUCGCGGCGUUCGUGGUGGUGCUGUACCUGACACUGAAGAUAGCGGAUUACGUCCGCCGCAGCGUGGUGGCGUGGGUCGUCUUCAUCAUCAAGAUUGUAUUGGUGAUUGCGUUGAUCAAUGCGGCGUUCUAUGUGAACAGAGUGGGAGUGCAGAAAGCAUUUGGUGAUGCCGAGUGGGUGGUGGGACUGCUUUGGGGGUUCGUCGAGGACAAGGUGAUGAGUGGCGGUGGGAAAGAUAACAAGACGGGUCCUUUUGCGUACUAUGGCGGUGGGAGACAGCAAGUUCCAAUUGUGGGAGGGAAGAAGAGACGUAGUGGGUGGACUUGAAAACCGUUUUACACGCAAUGAGAUUGGCGCCUCGAUCGGGGUCGGAAGGACAUGCUUCCAAACAUCUGAUUACGACAGCGGGGGCUCGGUCAACAGCACAGACGGCGGAACACAAGAAGAAGAGAUUGUGAACAUAUCAUGAAGGAUCCGUUCGAUUCCCGGGUAUCUACUUCAUGUUGCAUGAACGAUCACGCCUCCAACGCCGACGCUGACCGAACUCGAAUGAAGACGACCAAAAUUUCGCGGGACUAGGAAAUAUACAAUAAUUGGUCAACCUUCCUCCCACGCUGGUUCUUCCAUGUCCGCCUCUUUCGGAUCUCUUGGUUCCUGUGCCUCAUGGUAUUGGAUGGCAUCGUCGAUGUAACUCAGGAUAUCGCCAACACUGUCUUCAUCAUUCACGUCCAGCUGCAGGAAGGAUACCAUACUAAAAUCAUCGAUCAAUCUCGCCACAGCACGGUUGAGCUGCUUGAACGAGCCACCAGUCAUGACCUGAUCAAUCUCUUGUGGAUUGCGUAGGUCAACGGUAUGCUCAGCCGUACCUCUACCGGUGUCUUCAUCAUCGAGCAGAUUGGCAUCCGGGUCGAUGAAACGCUUCAGCUCUUUCUUGGGUACUUGGUCCUUGACGAGGUCCAUCUUGGAUAGGAUAUUGACGUGCGGAAGUUCCAUCAUGAUCAUGGCGCUCAUUGCGGAAAGGGUCCCGGCGAAGAAUUUGGCCUUGUCUACCACGAAUGUGGCUUCCAGGAGAUAGGCCGCGCACAGAUUGAUAUUCAACGGACCCAUUCUUGACAGAUAUUUGACCAGCUCCGGUAGGAGAGGGAUGUGUGUGUAAAGUUCUAUCUGACCUGGGAGAUCGAAGAGGAUGAGAUAUUCUUCGGUGACAGGGUCGAGGGCGGAGGCGAGGAAAUCGAGGUUUUGUAGCAGGAAUUCGAAGCAGAAUAUCAGACCA